ACGUGACAUUUGUUUUGAAUGGUCGACCUCAGAGGUGGUACGUCCCAGUCAAGAUUGGAACCAUGUUAAUGCUUCCCUAAUUAAAUCAGCACAAUGGUGGUGAAGAAAACCGCUUACCGCAGAGAGUUCAGUCCACCGCGAAGUCGUACAGCGUGGCAAGAGUACGAAGAGGACUACAACACCAAUGUAGACUACCGCUUUGAACGGCGACAAGAAGAACACCAACACAGAGAUGAACAUUUCCUGUGGCAGGAAUGGGACUGGGCCACAGACUCGGACUCUGAUGAAGAAGAUGACACAUACCGCGGAGGCUUGCCGGGAUAUCCUUUACCAAAACAUGUAGAGAAACACAGGAAGUUAUUACAGAAAUACCAGCAGAGGGCAGCAUCCAGGCAAGACAGGCUUAGAAAUCAUCAGCAUGAACUCUAUGACCGCGAGGUUCAGACCCCUGAAGCAUGGGGCCCAGUUGAGGUGAGACCUGCUCAGGAACAGGUGCAGGAAGAGCAAGGCCAAGGUGAGGGUGAUGCUAUUCCCCUGCCAGAACCUCCAGCUAAGGAACACAAGAAAACUGCUGGGAAAGAAAAAGAUGUCAGGCCAGCCAGACCCAAAAAGUCUAGACCAGUCAAGCCAAACAAAUAUCGCAAGAUACCAGCACCAAGACCAAUGAAUGAGCCUUUGGGGCGGCCCUCACGUCGACCCCUUCAUGACCACCCCUUCCUACCCUAUGGCAUGGCAGACCAGGAGAGAGAAACAGGGGCACUACAGACACAUAAUGUUAGAGCUGGACAUAAUAUUUACCCAGCAGCACUGAAGGCCGAGAGACGCCAUAAAGCUGCCAUUGAGAGGAGAGAAGAGGAACGGGAAAAAGCCACAUACAGGGAGAAAAGAAAGUUGGCACUCUUUAAUGAGAAAGCUUUAUUCAAUGAACGCAUGGUGCGGGAAACAUCACGCUGGAGCACAGAAUAUAGGGAUUGCUUUGCUGGUUAUGAGAAGGACACAUAUGAGAGAAAUCUUAGGACGAGAUCAUAUGCCCCUAGUAGGGUGGAUAAAAUAUAUGUCCCUGCCUAAAACAAAGACCAACUUCCUUUAAAAAAAA